AUGUCACAUGUGAGAUGUGCGUUUGCAAUACUGCCUCUGAUGAACUUGUUGCCAGGCCAUAUAUCAGUAGUGUAUGGGUACAAUUUAGCCAAGGCUGCUAAGAUCCAAGGCUACGACUCUGGGAACGAAGCCGGACCAUUACUACAUGACGACUUGCGCGGCUGCAUCGAACACACACCAUCAAAUAAUCUAUACUAA